CCUUCCCCCCCUUCGCCAAAUGGAGCUGUUCGGAACGCCGCCGGAAGAUUUCCUCGUUUCCUCCGCCGCCGGCUCGAUGUGGACUUGGGUAGCUGUUCUCACGGCUGCCCUCGGCCUUUGGCGUAUCCGCACCGCUGGAUCCAAAUCCAACGCUCCUCCCGCCAUAAUCUCUCCGCCACCACCGCCGCUGCCGCCGAGGACACUGAUGGCUCAACUGGUGAAGGAAGAGAUCCGGACGACCAAGGAACGGUUCACGAUGGUCUACUCAUCUUAUUCGGCAGAGGAAGGCGGCGAUGAUGAAUGCGAUGAGAUCCGGGAAGAGGAAGAGGAGCUCGUCGGCGGUGCAGAGGCGGACGGAGAGUUGGCGGCGCCGUUAGAGCGGUCGGAAUGUAUGGGCGAGUGGGUGAGGAAGAGAAGUGAUUUGGGGUGGUACCGUUAUCAGGAUAGGAUGGCCAUUAACGGCAGCGUUGUUCGUCUUUGGUGCGGCGGAGGGCUCAGGCGGAGGCUGUAUUCGUAGGACGGGAAUUUAGGAAGUAAGGAUCCUUAUGAUUCUUGUGCAAUGCGUAUAUAGUUAACUAUAUAGUUAUAUUAUUGUUAAAACUUAGUUAUGUUAAGUUUUUUAUGGUUCUUAUUAAAAAAAAAACUUUCUAACCUA